CGAUCCUCCUCGGCCUCUCCGACUUGACUUCUUCUGUAGUUUGGUAGGGAGAGAGAGAGAGAGGGAGAAUGGCGAAUCAAGGGGCGAAGAAGCGUAAGGAGGAGAACGCUCGGCACAUGGCCAAACUCCGUCGUCUUGUGAUCGGUUGCAAUGUUGUGUAUAUCGUAGUGAGGAUGCUGAUUUUCCAUUCGAGUGUUACUUGGAAACAUGGAAUUGGUCUGCUUUUAACGUCGCUGGCUUACGCGAUUCCGUAUAAGCAGCUCGAUCAAAUGGCAAAACCUAGCUUUACUGACGAUGGCGAGCUUAUUGAUGGUGGAUUCGACAUGACCACUGGUGGGAUUUGCGGAUACUUACACGACGUAAUCUACAUUACGAUGUUCGUGCAGCUAGCAUCGAUCAUCUCCGACAAAUUUUGGUACACGUAUCUAUUGAUUCCUGCAUUUGGCGCUUACAAGGCUUCUUGUCUUAUUCGAGGAUUCUUGUCACAUGGUUCAGAGGGAGAAGUGGAGGAUGAGAAGAGUCGUAAGAAACGGGAGAAAAUGGAGAGGAAGGCCUCGAGAGGGCAGGUUAUUAGAACAAGAACAAAAUGAGUAUCUUUCGUUCGUCGAAUACACAAAUGCAUCAAACAACAGGUAACUAUUAUGGUAGAGAUGCAUUUGUGUAUACUCUAUUUAACUUUUACAUGGAUCUCUGUCUGUCAUGAUGGAGAAUAGUCGUCUAAAAUGUACACGAUCGGUUCUGUGGAGAUUUACCUUUUGGCCUUAUCACCAUACAGAAGAAAUGAAAUGAAACAAGCUUGAAAGGGAACC